UACACCUUGGCCACAGGCUACUGAGUGAUAUUGAUACAUGACACAUCUGACACACUCUGUGCGCAGGCCUAUGUUACCGUGGGUAGACUCCUUACGGGGGUGCCAAUUUCUUUUUGCACCGGAGCCCAAAAUGUCUUAAUGCGGCAAUGUUCAUAAGUUCAUAACAUAUAUUUCCCACUAAAAUUCUUACCCAACACAUGCACUGACCAACGCACGGCCAACCAGUCGGCACAAAGAUAUUCGCCGAGAUAUCACCCACCACUCUGGUCGCUGCAUUGCUGCAGUCUUCCAUUACCGCGGCCCGCCGAGCACUGCAGCCUACAGAAAAUGCAUUGAGUGGGAUCUAGUUGAAAAUGGAAUCUCGCAGUCCAGAUAUAACCUUUUUGAGGAAUACAUGUGCACAACUACUUGGGAAAUUAACAUUGGCUCAACAAAAUAACAGCAGAAUUGAUAAUUUUACCGGUACUGUAAGCUCAGAUAUAAGUAAUUUUCCGACACCAAAUAAUAGUCCAGAAGAAUUGUCUACAGAAAAACGUGAAACUAUUACAGAAUGCAUGUGUAGUUCUGAUAUCGUUGAGCAAAUACAGGAUUUACUGACAGAAUUGGAUGGUUGUAAUUCAAAUAAAAGUUCAGUCAUUUUGCCAAGUACAACUCGUAAAAGAUUGCAAUUUGAUGAUCCAGAGAAAGACACUACUAGCCCAUCCGAUCUUAAGAAGUUGUGCAGCAGUCCAAUAAAUGAACUACCUCAAGAUGAUUAUAUUUUACCACAUAGUUUAAAAUAUAUUGACAAGCAUCUGACUUAUUUAGUAAAUAAUAUUUACAAGUCAAUACCAAAACACAGUUCAAAAACAUCGCCAAAUUCCUUCUCCAGGGCUUCAAAGCAUAUAUUGGCCUUUAAACGUUUAGUAAUUGAUCAUGGAAGGUACUUGGCUGAUAACAAUCAUUGGCUGAUUGUUAUGGACUAUGUUUUUAUGGCAUGGAAACAUGUUAGCUCCACUCCAAAAUGGGAUAAUCCUACACACAACACUGCACGCAGGCAGUGUUUUAAAUCAUUGUUGGAAUUAUGUAUGAUAUCACUUAAGAAAAUGAAAGGAAAACUUAACAGCCAGGAACAGGAACAUUAUAUAAAAAAGUUGAAGUUAAUUAAAAACUACAAACGUGGAGUGAAAAAAUGUCUACAACUUUUAGAUUUCGAUUUUACUACCCAAUGAUUAAUUUUAAAAUCAAAAUUAACUUUUAUGUGCUCAAGAAACAUUCAAUUCCGAUUUUCUGAACAAUAUUUAAUUAUUUUUAUUAUUUACUAGCUAUUGAUUUAUAUAUUAUUUUAAUAUAAUACUUUUUA